ACUUUUAUCAAUAUAUUUGCCUCUAUUUACUCUCAAAUUUGAAAAUGCUAAUUAGCAUUAAAGUAGACAUUAUGCAAGACUACAAAUCCCUGCAAGCUUCUGAACGUCAUCUCCAGCUGACAUGUUUGCUAACAGGUAUUGUGUCAACUUAAAACUUGCACACGAAAGUUCACAGAAUUGUGAAUUUAAAGAAAUGUAGCUAGUUUAUUAACUACAACAUUUUGUUAAUAUGAUAUAGUUAAUCCAGAGAUUCUUACCUUUGCCUCAAGUCGUCAGACUCAUCCAGAUCAUGAUGGCAUUUGUAGUUCUUCACAUUAGCAGCUAAUUAGAAUUUCAUUUUUGGGUGGUAAAUACAGGCAAAUAUAUUGAUAAAAGUCACUUUUUGAUUUACACUUAUCAAAACAUCACGCCAGGGUAGGCCUACAUGAAAGGCAGCCCUUAUUUUAAGUGUUCCUACAAUCCCUUAUGUGAAAAAUUAAUGGUGGAAAAACUAUUGGAACCAUUUCCUUGUUUGACCGCUAGGUUUGAUAGGUAUUAUGACUCAUACUGUGGUACUCUAUAGGUGCUCACCAGGGGCCUGUUGCACAAAAGUAGAAUUAAGACAUCCGGGAUAAAUGACUCAGCUGAGCUCAAUGAAGCCAAAACAUGUGCGUCCAGGCUUAAUUGGUUGCACAAAGACCAAGCUAGGAUGAGCAGACACGGAUUCAUUAAGCCAGGUGAAACCAAUCCUGGAUAGGUGCGUGCUCACGGCUCACUCAAAUAGACCCCGCCACAGAUCACAGAUUAACUGAUUUACCAUGGCAACUAGAGCCGCAUACUUUUCCCCGUCGGAAGCACAAAUCCUCAUGGAGGCAUACGAGGAGGUAAAAGAUAUAAUUAAGAAGAAAGGCAACACCGCCACAGUGAUAAAGCAAAGAGAAAAAGCGUGGCAAAGUAUUGCAGACCGCCUGAAUGCAUGGUCUGCAAUGCUGACUGUGUGAUCAGCAAUGUUGUGGCAAAAUGGCCUGGCUCAGUCCAUGACUCCAGAAUCUUUCGGGCCUCUGAAAUCUAUCAGUGCCUAUCACAAGGUGAAUUCUCUGGUGUGUUGCUGGGAGACAGGGGGUAUGGCUGCCAGCCUUUUCUCCUGACACCUUUCACAGACCCCCAGGAAGCACAGCAGGCCUACAACCAUGCCCAUGCCAGGACCAGGGCCAGAGUUGAAAUGACCUUUGGCCUCCUGAAGGCACGCUUUCACUGCCUUCACAAAGUAAGGGUCAGCCCUGUUAGGGCAUGUGAUAUUACUGUGGCUUGUGCUGUCCUCCACAAUGUGGCCUGCCUGAGGAAGGAGAGGGCCCCCAGAGUGCCACCAGCCAUGGACUGGGACAAUCCGGCAAUCUUCCCUGAUGACGACAGUGGUCGGCUGCUGAGGGACCAAUAUGUGUUGAAUUAUUUUAGUUAGUAUGUGUGCUUUCAAUUUUGGUUAAAUAUGUCCUGCGGUGGCAGAGGAAUUUGGGUUUUUUUGGGUUCGUUUUUUACGAAUUUGGCCUCUUAUGAUGUUUGUGCGGUAUACUGUGUGUAAUACAAGGCUGCAGAGAGGCUACUGCAUCCAUUCAUUUGUCUGUUCAGUUGAUGUGUAUGGAUUUGUCCUGCAUUUAUUUUAGUGUGCAGACAUGCAGGGUGUGUUAUAUACAGACCUUUGAAUGUGUAUGUAUCAUUUUGUAUAAUAUGCUUGGAUUCUGUGCUUUCCAUCUUGUAGAGUCACUGUGACUUCAGUUUCGAAAGGAGCUGAUGGUUUACCUGCUUUGUUUUGUCCUUAUUCAAUAAAGGAACAUAAUGUUACACAUUGUGUUUUUAUAUUCA